AUUAUGCGCCCUUUUUCAGGGAUUACGUUUGUGAAACAAUUGUGCUUUUUUGUACACGGUAGUGUCGUUAGUUUUGGCCUUCUCGCAGGCAACGCAGUCGAAUUUGAAUUGUCAAAUAAUGACUUAUCUCAUCUAUUUGUUUAUAGUUUACUAGCGUUAAGUAACGUUAUCUUAAAAAAAAAAAAAAAAAAAAAAAAAAGGUCUUGGAGUCGCACGGCCCCUUGUUGACUCUUGGUAUAAAUCCCCGAGGUUGUCUGUCUGUCUGUCGGGAGCUUCUCAUUUUGGCGGCUGUAGCUCAUUUUAAAGCGGCAUCAGGGAGCAUGCAGCGGGGGGAUUUAAAUCGACAACAGUCGCUCUCAUAGCAACGCUAAUGAAACAGCUGAGAGCGUUUGGCGUUAACGUGACCUACCCCCCAAGCUGACCUAUUUUGUCAAUUUGUGUUAAACAAACCAAUACUUAUCGUAAAUACGCUGAGAACGACUGAAAACACGUCACCUUUAUCAACUGGCUCAUCUAUUUUAAUCACAAAGUGAGUCCAACAUGAUGAAUUGGAAAUAAUUGCUGACACUGGCAACAUUUAAGCUAGGUCAGCUGACAUCAUCAUCAUUUGGUCUUUGUUGUGGCUGGGGCAGAAAGUGCAGACAGAAGGAGGAAGAUGCAGUGCACUCCUGAAUCAAACAUCUUCCUUGAAAGCUGCAAAGGCCAGAACUGUUACGAUGACUGCUCUGACAGCGGAUACUCAGGUUUAUUCCACAGCCCACCGAGCAUCAGUGGAGCUGACUCCAGUAGGUCUUCGUCUUCGGUAGAGUUCAAUGAAACACCUAAAGAGAACCUCAGGCUUUUUGUCACACCCAAGGAGCGGAGCAGAGAACCAGCGAGAUAUGUCGGCAAGGACUGCAGGGAAAUACUGCGGCCAGCAGCACUUACCUGGUGUGAAACCCCUAAAAGAGACUCAUCAUUGCGACAAAGACUUCUAAUGUGCAGACCCACCACAGCUGUCAAAACUGACAACACGAGAUCACCAUGCACCAGAAGGACUGAAUCCUCAGUUGGUGUCAGGUCUGAACACUGGCUCAGCGCAUCUUUUGACACUGUAGACACUGCAGGGUCUUUGACAUCAAGCACUUUAAAACUGGAGCAGGAUCUGCUGCUGUCAGGUAGAAAACGCCGUCUCCUCUUCAUGCAAGUCAGGACCUCCACUCUUGAAGAUGGUAAACUCAACUCUGGUCACCUUUCCAGUUUUGAGAGAAGAGUUUCACUCUCAGAUGCACAAUUCACUGAGGGCAUUUCUGCCUCUGAUCAGAUUAAUAUUGAGACUCCGUGCUUUAGCAAAUUUUUGCCUACCUCAUCUAAGGAUAACUCUCAAUCACCAGUCAGAGGUGUAACAAAUAACCUGUAUGACAGCUCAAGUGUCUUGUACACACCAUCAUCCACACAUACACCCAAAUACAUCAGGUCUGUUUGUGAAGACAGUGGUUUUAGUUCCUUGACCCUUGAUAAAUCCCAAGACUCCUCGGUGGACCACGAUGGCUCAUUCCAAGAGCUGCUGCUCUCUGCCUCCAGAGGAAACUGUGAAACCCCAAAUCUGGCCGAGACAAAGCGGCGCUCCCGUAUGCAGCGUCAGCACAGACUUUCUACACUUAAAGAAGGGGGCUCUCUGUCUGAGGAAGACCCAACAGAUAGAAAGCCUGAACAUAUUCAUCAGUGCCACAAAGAUGAUGAAGUUUUUGCUGACAGUGCCACGCCUCACCAAGUUCUUUCUGUUAAAUGUGGUAAUAGCAUGACUUCUGAUAGUUUGGCCUUGGCAAAACAAGACUAUGCCACCCCACUAAGAACGAGUACGAUCAAGUCAGAAAAAAUGACACCUUUUAGCACAGGUCCUGCCAACGCAGAUGUAACUCCUCUCAGGACAACCCCAGUCAACCUCUCCCUGACUCCAGCUUUGCAGCUAGUUCAUGCUAUGAUCCAGCAGAAAGCCCAGAUGUUUUUUGGCCAAAGUCCAAGCCUGAAGGAGCAGCUGAAGUCAACCACAACAUUGACCCAGACCCCAGAGUUGUUCAGGACCGCAAUGCCAUUGGCAGGACUAAUCGGCAGGAAGAUGGGCCUGGGGACGGUGGACAUACUCACAGAGCUGAAGAAAAGGAGCCUCAGGCACAUUCUUGCUGUCAUACUCAGCCACCUGUCCUCUGAAAGCAUCUACAGGUGUGGUCAGGUUUGCAAGAGCUGGAAUGAAAUCAUCCAACAAGACAAGCGAGCUAGUUUUAGGAGAAGAAACCACCUGAGUGCUGCUCUUGAGCUUGGUGGUGCUGUCCAUGUCCCUGAUGCAGAGACCAGACACUCACUGUUGAAGAGAUCAGCCCUGAAGACGGUGCAGGCACAGUCUAGAUCCUUCAGCUUCUGCACCCCGCAGUCAGGAAAUAGCACUUUAACCCCAUUACAGCACGGCAGCAGCAGUAAACGUGAAAAAUUUCUAGAAGUUGCCAAAACCCUCUUCAGCGAUGAAUGCUUGAAGCCUUGCCCUCAUUGUCAGCAUCCUGCAAGGUGUCACUCGGUGAAAGGGGAGGGUGUGUGCAGCAGAGCUGACUGUGGCUUCCAGUUUUGCACGGCCUGCUUGUGUGCUUUCCAUGGCUCUAGAGAGUGUGGCAGUCAGUCUGCAGGUCGUCGCAAGAAGGAUAUACUUCUUCCAGGAAGCGCACAAAGCAAGCGAAAUGUGAGGAGACUAUGAACAGAAAGUUAUCUGUAUUCCUGUUUCUAAUGCCAAUGUCUCAGUAUUUUUUCUGCCUAAUGGAGAAGACAAGGUUUAGCAAUAAGGAAACUGAUUUGGAGCCAGUUCAUGAGAACAACUUCUGUACUUAUCAAUGUAUCUUUGUGCCUGUCUAUAUACUGUACCCCCCUUAUUAUUAUUUUUCAACACAGUUCCCACUCGUGUGUUUUUAAUAAUGAAUGUGAUGGAAGUCUCACCAGCAGUACGAUGACUGAAUUUUCCUGUUGAUGUAUUUUUCUCUACACAGUGAUCAACUGUACAUGUUUAUUUUUUGAAUUCUUGAGAUUUUCAGCUUUUACCACAGUGAUUUCAAAGCGAUUUUAAAAUAAAUUUGAAUAUUUUUUUUUUUUU